CCGGCCACUCAGCUUUUCUGUGCAGCAGAACCUGCUCCUCGGUCCUACCUGUCCGCAGUCCCUGGUCGUCUCCCGCACAGUGUCCGCGGUCCUGGUCGUCUCCCGCACAGUGUCCGCGGUCCCUGGUCGUCUCCCGCUCCCGCACCGUGUCCGCAGUCCCUGGUCGUCCCCCGCACCGUGUCCGCAGUCCUGGUCCCUGGUCCCCCCCCGCACCGUGUCCGCAGUCCCUGGUCAUCCCCCGCACCGUGUCCGCAGUCUCUGGUCAUCCCCCGCACCGUGUCCGCAGUCUCUGGUCAUCCCCCGCUCCGUGUCCGCAGUCUCUGGUCAUCCCCCGCCCCGUGUCCGCAGUCUCUGGUCAUCCCCCGCACCGUGUCCGCAGUCUCUGGUCAUCUCCUGUACCGUGUCCGCAGUCUCUGGUCAUCCCCCGUUCCGUGUCCGCAGUCUCUAGUCAUCCCCCGUACCGUGUCCGCAGUCUCUGGUCAUCCCCCGUACCGUGUCCGCAGUCUCUGGUCAUCCCCCGUACCGUGUCCGCAG